AAGCCCGGCACGAUAUAUUGAAUAACCAUACACUUCAACGUGCACUUGCGUCGAAAUAUGAGCGGGAGGAGAAUGCAGACAUGCGGAGAGCAUCGAAGAUGGAGGCGAAGGGGCGGGGGGGUUAACAGAAAGUGUGGAAGGCUAUCCUCCGUGUUUAUAUGCAGCAUGUUUACUCUCUCCAUCGCUCUCUCGAAUAUCUGCCUGUUGUGUGUGUAUCGCGUAUCGAGGUCUGCCGCUGCCAGUCGACCAUGACGCAUUGAAACCUCUCGUACUGCCGAUCGGUCUGAGCGCUAGCCGACCCCGAAUUGCUCCGGAUUGGGUUGACAAGCGGUUCAUUUUUCUUUACCGUGUGUCGCCAGGAGCUAUCCCAAUACCUUGUUUCUGCCGACGGACUUUUCUACUUUGUGAGAGAGAACAAAAUAGUGUCGGCCUUCAUCGUAUUUGCUCCACGACUUUUAAGCUUCCGUUAACUCCUAGAAGAAUUGGCCCGUUUCCAUUGCGCAUUUUUCCGUCGACGUUUGGUGAACUCUCAGAAAAAGCCUCGCUGCGGCCCUUUCUACGCUUCGUUGGCUGCGCGCGUUGCCAGUGUUGGUUCUUCUUCCCUCAGCGAAAGCGAAGCCCUUCAAUGAGCCCCGAAAAGGCGCGACAGCGAUUGAUUGACGCGCCCGAGUUUCCUUCAAGACACGAGAUGCUGAAGCAGAAACAACGACUGCUAAUCGUAUAGUGAGUCUCCUCAGUAGAUACGAAGGCCGACGCGUCGUGAGUGACCCCGAUCGCCUUAGUGAAAUUGUAAUAAGGCCAUCGCCUAUUCGUUAUCUUCGCAAUAUACGCUAUAGGCGAGAAUUGAUAGCAGAGUUCUUUUGAAUAUGAAGCUCACGCUCGCGGUCGUCUGCGUGCUACUACGCAUCGCGCUUCAACGCGCGCGAGCGCAGGAAAAGGUGACAGAUGCCUCCGGCGAAGACGACGGUCCUGCGGCAAUCGAGAGCGCGAAUGAGGAAUUGGACUACAUGCGACUGUUCCGAAACACCGUGGCCGGUGGCUUCGCCAACAUGCCGGUGGCCCUGCGGAGGAGGCUCCUGAGCGCUGACGUCACGCCCGAGUGCAACGUGGGUCUGCUGCGUUUCAUGCGAGCCAUGCAGAAUCUCGAGCCAUGGGCCCUGAGACUUUUAGACGCUUCCGGGAAGUUCCCUUCAGGCCUACUGCAGGGUUCUCGCGUAGACCUCGGGGCCUUCGACGAGUGCCUCGAGACAGAGAUAUACGACACCUAUGGGGAUGUGCUCAUGCGUGGCCAGUACUGCAAUCUUCUGGUGUACAAUGAGAAUUCCACGGCAGUGGAAGGAAAUAUCCAGACCUUCGCAAGCGUUCUCCAUCCAAAACUCAAAUACUUUAGCAGUUACUUCUCCGUCGAAGAGCUUCCCGUUAUGCGCUUGGCGAUUUGCUCUGUAGACGAGUGCAACCAACGAGAUUUGCAAGCUUUAGUCGACGCAGUCAAGCCUCCGCUGGUACGCCUGGAAGUAUCAAAUUGCGUGUCAGCGCAAGUGGAACCAUGGACAAAUGCGCAAAUUGGUAUUAUGUAA